GAGAGAGAGAGAGAGAGAGAGAGAGAAAAGCCCGCAAGGAAAAGAGCGCGUCUCCUUGACGCGUCUGCCGGGGCUCCCGGCGGAAGGGAGCGGGGUCCCCAGCCUGAGGCUGCCCAAACACGCGGCCCUCCCCUUCAGAUCAUCGACCGCCACCUCCUGCCUAAAACCCUUUGGGGCGAAGGGGGAGGAUCGCUUGGAGAGCCUCCCGAGGAGAAUGGGCGAGGAGGUGGCUGCGUUCACACAACCGGGGUAACCAGGUCGUUUGAAGGUUAACCUGCCGGUUGUGGGCAGCGUCUGCCUGGGACCCCUCCCUCCCUCCCUCCCUCCAGGCUGCCCCGGAAGACUGCAAGGGAGCCGCGCUCUUUUCUCUCCCCUUCGCGGAGACAGAGUUGGGCUUUGUUUGAGGACCAGGACGGGACUCGAACUAGGGGCAGCCCCGAAGCUACUUGUUCUUAGCGGACGUCAGGUUGGAAGCGCCCGGGGGCGCGUGGUUGGAGGGCGAUGCUGCUGCCCCGGGCGCCCCUCUUGCUCUUGGGAGCGGUGCUGGGGUCCUUUACGCCGCGCGGCUUUUGCGGCUCUCCCUCACACUCCCUGAGCUACUUCUACCUGCAUCUGCCAGAGCCCAGCCAGGGGCUGCCCAAGUUCUCCAUUAGGAGCUACUUGGAUGACCAGCCGAUCGCUCGCUAUGACAACCUCACCAGGAAGAUGGAGCCUCUGGUGCUCUGGAUGGAGGAGAUGGACAAGAAGGCCUUUCUGUCCCCUGAGUGGGUGUUCAGAACCGAUCCGAAGUUAUCAAAAUGGGAUCACCGUGCUGGAGGGCUUCACACCUGGCAGGUGGUUUUGGGCUGCGAGCUCAUGGACGACGGGAGCAAAGGAGGGUUUUUCCGCUAUGGCUACGACGGGAUGGACUUCAUCAGCUUCGACAAGGAGACCCUUAGAUGGGUGCCAGCUCAGCCCCAGGCCAGGAAGCUCAAGCGGAAGUGGGAGGAUGACCCAGGAUGGUCUGAGAGAAACAAAUUCUUCCUGGAGGAGACCUGCAUUGAGUGGCUGCAGAGAUACCUGUCCUACAGGAACAAGACUCUGCAGAGGAUCGAGCCCCCAGUGGGGGAGGUGACUCGCAAGGUGGUUGAUGUCAGCCUGGAGAUCCUCAUCUGCCAGGCCUUUGGCUUCUACCCCAAGGAGAUCCAGGCCAACUGGACGAGGGAUGGGGAGAUCUGGGAACACAAGACCCUCCCUAGGAACGUGGCCCCCAACUCGGAUGGGACCUAUUAUCUCUGGCUCGGCAUCGAGAUCGACCCCAAGGAGAGGGACCAUUUUCGGUGUCACCUGGAGCACAAGGGCCUGCAGGAGCCCCUGAUCUUGGCAUUUAAACAGAAGGAAAUAGAUGCGUGGAAGAUUAUUGUGGGAAUUGUGGUUCCCGUAGUCUUGCUUGUCUUGGGACUUGUAAUUUUCUUCCUGAACCGCCGGUGUAAGAAACACGGAAAUAAUCUCUAUGAGGAAGUGGCACCCUGCAAUGAUCCGACUCCUUCACAAAGCGUUCCUUCUUCUCCCGUGCACGAUACAGACGACGAGACGCAAUCACUGUUGUCGCCGCAAACGUCAGGGGCAUCCUACGGAUUGCAAAGCACUCGGAGUUUCCCAGGAGCCAUUGCGUCGCCAGGGUGCAGCCAAGAAAGAAUGGGGCAUUCCAAAUCGAAAACGUGGGAUGGAUGUAUUACCAAAUCUCUCCAGGCUAGGGCCAAACAAAGACCAGCCCUAGACCUAAACCACGAAAGUCCUCCAGAAGAUCAGUAAACCACAAAACAAAACAAAACAAAACAAAACAAAAAA